AUAGUCAUAGAAUCACCGGUGCGAGUUGGUAUGACCCUAGACUGGUCGAACCCUAAACUCCUAAGUUCCUUUGUUCCACCUCGCAUGAUCAAACCCAUAGCAAUUCAUCAAUUUCCACCAAACUGAAUCCAAAUCAAGCUUCUCGACUUCGGGGGAAAACCCCUAAAACCCUUCAAGGCUUCAAAUGUUCAGAACCAUUUCUCUGUUGCGGAGAGCUCUACCUCAAACCCUCACUGCCUCCUCAUCAUUUUCAUCUCCAAAUCAACAUUUUGUCUCUCAAAUUCACAGAAUUUCAUCAGAUUAUUCACAAUCAAAACCUCCAUCACUCUCAUUUCAUUCAUCCCCAUUAUCUUCUCGACAGAGAAAUGUAAACCCAGAUAAAGAUUGUGGUUAUUCAGACAGCAAAGAUUCUAAAGGUCCGCCCAAACUGUUUGUGGUUCAACCUCGUGUUCGUCCUGAUGCUGUUUUAAAUUCUAAACUAUCUGAAGCUUUGAAUCUUGCUCAGUCAUUAGAGGAACAACAAAGAGAUGGAGAUUUGGGAACUGAAUCCGGUGAUAAAGAAGUGCCUCCUCAUGUUAUUGUCCAAAAUCCAGCUUCUAGAGCUACUAAAAAACACGCAGACAAGUAUUUUGGACAAGGAACUGUGGAUACAGUGAAGUGCCAUCUUAAUGCAUUGAAGGAUGAUUUGGAUGCGGUGUUUGUAAAUGCAGUUCUUACGGCGGGUCAACAGAGAAAUUUAGAGCGGGCUUGGGAGAUGCCUGUUUUGGAUCGUGUGGGACUUAUUAUAGAGAUAUUUAAUGCUCAUGCCAAUACAAAAGAAGCUAAGCUGCAGGCUGAGUUAGCAGCACUAAUGUACAAGAAAACUAGGCUUGUUCGUAUACGUGCUGCUGAUGGGCGAUUUACUUUUGGAGCAGGUGGAGAAGCCGAAGUUGUUAGUGCUCGUGGGAGAGGAAGUGGGGGUCAAGGAUUUAUUAGCGGUGCUGGAGAAACUGAGCUCCAGCUUCAACGGCGCAGAAUUCUAGAAAGAAGAAAUCGUUUAUUAACAGAAAUUGAAGAGGUCCGUCGAACUCGGGCUCUGCAACGAGCUUCACGCAAGAGACGUGGAGGUACAGAAGGUCAAGGUCUAGCAACUGUUGCUAUUGUUGGAUACACAAAUGCUGGAAAGUCUACUUUAGUUAGCGCACUUUCUGAGACUGACCUGUACAGAGACGAUCGGCUAUUUGCAACGGUGGAUCCUCAAAUAAAGAAUGUAGUUCUUCCAUCAGGGAAAAAAGUGCUACUGAGUGAUACUGUUGGGUUCAUCUCAGAUUUACCUGUGCAGUUAGUGGAAGCUUUUCAUGCAACCCUAGAAGAAGUGACUGAAGCUGAACUCCUUGUGCAUGUAAUAGAUUCUAGUGCCCUUAAUGUGGAAGAUCAGCGGUCAAGUGUAUUGCAAGUGCUACAACAGAUUGGGGUCUCUGAUGCUAAACUUCAAAAUAUGAUUGAAGUCUGGAAUAAAGUGGAUCUCCGAAAGGAGGAAGGCGACAAGGAUAAAUUUGUAGAGGAUGGUGAAAUUGAUGAAGAAGAAUUUGAGGAGGGUGAGCAAGAAUUCAAGGAGUAUGUUGAAAUAUCGUCCGAGGAGGCUCUUAAAGAGGAUGACCAAGAAGAUGACCGUGAAGAUGAGCUAUUGGAAGAAAAGAAUACAGUAUCUAUGAAACAAGGCGACGAUGAUUUCUUAGAGGAAUGGGAGACUGGGGAUGAAGAUGAACCAGAAAGUAAUUAUGAAGUGUUGAACAGCAGUAGCAUGGGUGACAAACAGGGUGAGCAUGUGCCAAGCGUAACAAAAAGAGUCUCACAUUUGGAGCUUCAGAAUGUUCAGCGGUUAGAAACAUCUGCUGUGACGGGAGUUGGAUUGCAGGAGUUAUUAAGUGCCAUUGACAGUAAAUUAGAUACCCAAGUAGUGGUUGAAAGCAGGAACGAUGAUUGCUUCAACCGUAAAUGGAGACCUCCUCAGGCAGCUAAUAGCGAUGCAUGCUAGUGGUUAGUUUAAUCUUGCACCCAUUCUGUUAGUUGCCAAGUCAUUUCGCAGUUUCUCAACGUGUUGUUGUGCGAGUGGUCGGUCCUUUUCUAUUCAACUGUUAUUGUGGCUGUAUAAAUACCAGUGGAAUCAAUAAUCAUUUCAAUUCAAUCUGAGAUUGCUGUUAUCACCCAUGGUUGCUGUUAUAAGGGGGACCAAAAUUCUUUAUGUAAUUUGAGUGAUAAUCCCAUUGAUGAGAAUUGUGUUGCAUCUUUCAAUUCACGGACGGCCAGAAAAGCUUUGUAAUGAAGAGAUAAAAUUCGAAAAAUCUUAUCUCUUCAAUAUGAGGCUCUUGUUCACCAACCAUAACAUAUGGGACCUUACAGGUUCUUUUUCUUCCCUUAGAGAUGAAAUACAAUGAAGAAAACAACAGAGGUGAAUGAAGAAGAACAUGAACUUGAAAUUCACAAGGCUGUGGCACAAGCUUGGCAUGGCCGUUCAGGAAAUUCUAGACCCAUCAUAGAGUUUGAAGCCUAUCGAAACCGCUACAAGUACAGACCCACUCGGUUCAGGCACGAAGCGAUGAACAAGUUAUCAUCCUCCAAGGAGUCCGAGGCAGCUGCUCAUAACAAUUGGGACUUUGGGCAAUCUUUAUGGGACUCUUACGAGAUUGUGAACUUAUCAAAGCGGCUAGAGACUGGACUCAUGCUAGAAAAAUCCAUAAAUCAUGCGACGUUGGAAGAUAUGCGUCCGAAGUCGUCGUAUAAUAAGAGACGAAGAGAGAGUAAGAAUAGUUUGAGGAAUUUACUUCAUCGGAUGUCUUCUUCGAAAAGAUUUGAUGAUGCAGAUAUCCCACAUGAAGAAGAUGAUCAUGAUCAAUUUUGAAACAUUUUGUAUAGGUAAGAAUUCUAAUUCUUGCUUUAAUAAUUUACGAUGUAAUCAAACAAGAUUAUUUAGCAAAAUACGGCAUAAGUACAAUACUUAGCCUAGACAUAAGUUUAAGACGUUGUAAUGUAAUCACUUCACUAAUACCCUCUGAGGGACAUCCAUUUAGAAAGCUCAAAGUUCUUA